AUGGCUUCUACGAUUACAACAUACUCAAUUCACUCUCCAAUCAAAGCUUCUCGAUUCUCUUCGCUCUACUUGUCCACUAUCAGAAUCUCCCCGAAUAAUGUUUUACUCAAAACUCUACCACAGUCAUUUCUUGCCGCUAAGACCACGCGCUUUGUCUUCUCGCCGUUGCCGGCGAAUUCGAAAUCUCCGGUGGCAAAGACGUUGAGUUUCUCUGGUUGGACUCAACAAAUUAGGCGAACAAGUUCCGUUGUUAUUAAGGCUGCUGCUGAAGGGCACGUGGAGCCUGCAAAAAGCUUUGGUGAAAGAUUUCCUGCUUUAAUUACAGGUUUCUUUUUCUUUACCUGGUACUUCUUAAAUAUCAUCUUCAAUAUACUCAACAAGAAGGUCUAUAAUUAUUUCCCAUAUCCAUACUUUGUUUCUGUCGUACAUCUACUGGUUGGAGUGGUAUAUUGUCUUGUUUCUUGGGGUGUUGGUCUACCCAAACGUGCACCAAUUGAUAAGGAGCUCCUGGCACUUUUGACUCCAGUUGCUUUCUGCCAUGCACUUGGACAUGUCAUGUCCAAUGUAUCAUUUGCUGCUGUUGCUGUCUCUUUCACACACACCAUCAAAGCUCUAGAGCCAUUCUUCAGUGCUGCUGCUUCUCAAUUUGUGCUGGGCCACCAGAUUCCCUUGCCCCUGUGGUUAUCAUUGGCCCCAGUUGUUAUUGGUGUAUCGAUGGCAUCGCUGACUGAACUUUCCUUUAACUGGACUGGGUUCAUUAGUGCCAUGAUUUCAAAUAUAGCAUUUACCUACAGAAGUAUUUAUUCAAAAAAAGCAAUGACUGGCAUGGACAGCACAAAUGUGUACGCUUACAUUUCAAUCAUUGCUCUCUUGGUUUGCAUUCCACCAGCAGUACUGAUUGAAGGCCCUCAGUUGAUGCAACAUGGUUUCAGGGAUGCAAUUGCCAAAGUGGGAUUAGUCAAAUUUUUGUCUGACCUGUUUUGGAUUGGGAUGUUUUAUCAUCUGUACAACCAGGUUGCCACAAACACUUUGGAAAGGGUUGCACCACUUACGCAUGCUGUUGGAAAUGUAUUGAAGCGAGUUUUUGUAAUUGGAUUCUCCAUUGUGGUAUUCGGCAAUAAAAUCUCCACUCAGACCGGAAUUGGCACAGCAAUAGCCAUUGCAGGUGUUGCCAUCUACUCGCUAAUAAAGGCCAACAUGGAAGAACAGAAGCGGACACAUGGCCCAUGUAUCAAACUUCAAACACAGCCUCCACCAAGGUCUAAGGAACGUUUAAGCAACAAGGGAGAGUAG